AUGAUGAUGGUGAGUGACGACUGUCUGGUGGAGUGUAAGAUCGAUGAUGACAGUGAUGAAGAUGAUGUUGGAGGAGAACAGAUGAGCACCCCACCUCCUCCGCCAGAGUUUGCAUCCGAAUCCCCGACUCCGACGCCACCACCUCCGACCCCUCCGACGGCCCCUGUUACACCCACCCGUCCUGUCAGCAGGGACCCUAAUGGCAUCAACAAGCACCUAGAGGUGGAGGUCAGUGAUGUGCUGGCAGAGCCCGCUACUCCCCAAAGCAUCGAGCAGGUGUGGUUUUACAGCGUCACCGGCUUUGAGAAGACUCGCACCUGGACCUACUGCUGCCUCACCUUGCUGCUCGCUGUGCCCUUCGCUUUCCUCUGUGGCGUCUUCCUGGCUAUUCUGGCUUGUCUACACGUGUGGUUUUUGGUGCCUUGCAUACAGCUGAGCAACACCUUCCUGCCGUGCCUGCGGUCCUUGUGCAUAUGUUCUGUGAAUGUUUUCAUCUCCCCAUUUUGUGAGUCUCUCGCCCUCUGCUGCAGUCAAAUUGCCGUUUCCCUGUCCAACAAAGACCGGAAUCAAAUGGGGGACAGAGAGGCUGCACCAGUGUAA